GCUGCAGCAGCCGCACCGCGGCGCUGACAACCUUCCAGCCUGCGUGCGCCUCUCUUCACCGGGGAAACCAUGGCUCUGAGCCGCGUGGAGAGGCUCCAGGUGUGGCUCUUCAAGGCGCUGACGGGGCUCCUCUUCGCGCUCUUCCGCUUCUUCUCCCCGCGCGGGUCCGCCGCGCUGUCCGGGAAGAGGCUCCCGCCCGUCGGCCACCCGCUGCUGCUCGAGUCGGCGACGCAGCUCGCCCGGAAGAUCCGGCGGAAAGAGGUGUCCAGUGUGGAGGUGGUGCAAGCUUACAUCGACAGGAUCCAGGAGGUUAACCCUUUCCUGAAUGCAGUCAUCAAAGACAGGUUUGCCGCGGCGCUCCAGGAGGCCGCUCAGGUGGACAAGCUGAUUGAGGAGGAGACGGGCGGCGAGGACGUCCUGGAGGACCGCCUCCCCUUCCUGGGCGUCCCCCUGUCUGUCAAAGAGUCCUUCUCCCUGCAGGGCAUGCCCUUCGCCACCGGGCUGGUCUCCAGGCGGGGGGUCGUGGCCACGGUGGACGCCCCGCCGGUGGCGCUGCUGAAGAGAGCGGGCGCCAUCCCCAUGGGCGUCACCAACACCAGCGAGCUGUGCAUGUGGAUGGAGUCGCACAACCACCUGCACGGCGUCACCAACAACCCGUACGACCUGGAGAGGAUCCCCGGCGGCAGCUCAGGGGGGGAGGGCAGCAUCCUGGGGGCGGCGGGCGCCGUCAUCGGCGUGGGCUCCGACAUCGGCGGCAGCAUCCGGAUGCCCUGCUUCUUCAACGGGAUCUUCGGACAUAAAACCACUCCAGGCGUCGUCUCCCAUGACAACCAGCACCCGCAGUGCUCCGGCCGGCAGGAGGAGUACGUCAGCACCGGGCCCAUGUGCCGCUACGCCGAGGACCUGCUGCCCAUGCUGAGGAUCAUGGCCGGGCCCAAAGCCAGCAUGCUGUCGCUGGACGCCGAGGUGGACCUGAAGAAGCUGCGGUUCUUCACCAUCCCUCACGACGGCGGCUCGCCGUUCACCAGCCCGGUCAGCCGGGAGCUCAUCGACGUCCAGAGGAAGGUGGCGGAGCGUCUGGAGGCCGACCUCGGCGUGGAGGUCAGGGAAGUGCGGCUCCCAGAGCUUCGCUAUGGCUUCCCUAUCUGGGACACCUACAUGGCUCUCCGAGACGACGACGGCAAACCUCCGCGGCCGUUCGCCGAGCUGAUGGGCGACUCGGGGCCCCCAGCGUGGCCCCUGUGGGAGCUGCUCAAGUGGCUGGUGGGGCGGUCGGAGCACACCAUGGCCGCCAUCGGUAAGGUGGACGUCCCGCCGCCGUGUGUGUGUGUGUGUGUGGCCGCUCUAGGACAAUGCCGUGUGUGUGUUUCAGGCCUGGCGCUGGUGGAGAUGACCCGCCGCUCCAAACCGGCGCCCUUCAUCGUCCAGCAGAAGGAGAAGCUGCAGAGGGAGGUGGAGGAGCUGCUGGGGACGGACGGCGUCUUCCUUUACCCGUCUCACCCCCGGGUGGCGCCCAGACACCACCACCCGCUCUUCAGGCCCUUUGACUUCGCCUACACAGGCAUCAUCAACAUCCUGGGGCUGCCGGUUACCCAGUGUCCCCUGGGGCUGGGGGAGGAGGGGCUGCCCCUGGGCGUGCAGGUGGUCGCCGGGAGGCUGCAGGACCACCUGAGCCUGGCGGUGGCGCUGUACCUGGAGAAGACGUUCGGCGGCUGGACGGAGCCUGGAGGGAAGCCGUGACCGCAGCGCCCACGCCGCCGCCCGUUAAACUGUGUUUGCACUAUGGAGGAAUCCGUCCCAUCAGUCCAGUGUGAUUCGUUUAUUUUCAAGUGAGGAAAAGCUUUAAAAAUGUACAUUAUUUUUAAUUUCUAAUAAUUAAGCCAAUAAAAGAAAACAAUGAAGUUUGU